AUGAAGCGCUGGAGGACUAUGUACGGAUUCUGUCUAUGCAUGAAUGGCGUUCUAUUGCAAACCAAAGACGACUGGACAUACCCUGUCCAUCCUGGGAAUGUGGUUCCUCUCAUCGAAACAGGCAUUGUCAAACGCUCCCAUCUGAGAAUACGCGAGAUAAGGGAUCGAGCGAAAGUAGAUUCCUUAGCCAAGGCAUUUACCCUCCUUCAGAACCUGUGGAUGACAUGCAACAUCAUUGCGCGGAGAGCUGCAUUACAGAGAACUGGAGGUGAAGAACAACCUGAUGAAGAAAAAGCCAGUGAACAGCCUGGCUCGCAUCCCCUUGAUAAAGAGCCACCACAGCCGCCCAACAGAGAUCUGAACGAUGAUUUUUUACGAGGUUCAAUUGAGCAAAUUUUCACAUACACCACUUUUGAGUCGCUGCGUAAGCCUCCAACUACCGAAAUUCCACUGAUGAGAAUAACAACUAAUUUGCCUAGUUGGAACUCGGAUUUCCCCACCAAAGCCGAACAAGUGGUCUGGCGGGUGUUUUCUUUGGUGGCAUUUGUCUCGCCCGUACUCAUCUAUCUCGUUGUGGUCUUGGUACUAUACGAACUUCUACGUGCAUCCGACGGUAAGAAAAAGGCCGAUCUUUCAAUUUCCCUCAUCACCGUUCCUCAAACGAUUGUCUUCACAAUCCUGUGCUUCAUAUACUCUAUAGCUCGAUGGGGUAAUCUCGUGCUCAUGUUUACAUCGUUGAGAGCCCUACCUGCUGAGUCUUACACAACGAUCGACUGGUCAUCGACUAUACCUCACAUCUAG